CCGCAUCACCACGGUGACGCAUCCUUUGCGGACACUGCUGUAUACAUUUCCGAGGUUUGUUUUGGCAGCAAACGAACGCCGCUGCGGAAACGGGCGAAGCGUGUACUCCCAUCGAAAAUGGUGAUGCUAGGUUGCCAGGACGUUGGUCGCUCAGCGACUUUAGCCCAAGGCUCUGGCUAUUCGAAGAGCUUCCGGCAGACCCCAAAGGCCCUGAAGAGAGGUGCCGGUUUCCAACAAAGUGGAUCCCACGACCGUCACUUCCUGGUGCUGGUGACAUCAGCCAUGGUCGUGGGAGUCGCGGAAAGCAAGCUGGUUGAGUUCCGGUCGGGGUUCAAGUGCAUUUGGUACGACCUGCCGCACCCUGUUCAGUUUGCGGUGUUGCUGAUGAUGCCCGCGCUUUUCUUCGGAAUCAACUGGAUUUUCGGCAAGCUUGACAAAGUCGCGUACGCUCGUCUAUCUCGCGCUGUGACUGCUUGGAUGGAUGAGAAAAGGCAGUUGCAUCGGAUUUAAUCCGAGUCCAGGCGACUCAAUUCUCAGGACUUGCAUGCCCUGUUCGAAUUGGGAGUUUUUUUUUGUCUCUUACGAAAACCUUCGGGGGUCGAAGAACAGCAAACAUGGGCAAUUCGUGAUAUGCAUUUUUUGUUACAAAGUCUUUAGGCGGCUUAUGUUUAUGCCAAUAUUAGAACAACGGUCAGGUCAGGCGUUGUGUUUUACUAAUGUUGGUACUCGCUGUACAUUUUGUAUCGUUUCCAUCAUGAUUUCAUCCCAAUAUGGCGAGCGACCGCAUGGCAUUGCUGGUGCUCGCUGGUGCCUUUAAUCUGUUGGAGGUGCGUACCGAGACGGUAGGAAACAGCUGUUUUAAUGUUCCAUGGUGUCGAAAGUUGCUCAGUGCCGUACUUGAGUCCAGGCUGCAGUCUACCAGACACCGGGACGCCAGCCAUGAACGCAGAAACCGUUGAGAUUCUAUUUAUUUUGUCUAGGGGGACAAAGCGCCAGUGUUUCUGGGGAGGCGAGCCCCAAGCGUCUGUAGGACGUGAACGCAUCUAGGCAUGACAGGACGUGCAUCUAGGAGGAGGACUUUUCGAUGUAUUGUGUAUGGUGGGUUGUAAGAUGUGUAGUUGUAGCAGGUGUUGUUGUUGUUGUUGUUGUUGUUGUUGCUUCUCACAUUAGCUCUAUAGUCCACAAAAAAUGGGGAGCCCGUGGUCUCAAAACCCGGCGCAUACGACGCCGCGAGCAACCAAAAAAAACAAAAAUAGGGUGCAAACCACUCGGAAAAAGAAAACAAAAUGAUAGAAAGAAAAGAACAGGUAUCGCACCGAGCGUUCGAGAAAAGAGCCCUCGGACACCGACCAAAAUAACAAAGGAGGAGGCGUGUAUCGUAGUUGUUGUUCUGAUGUGGCGUGGCGAAAUGGUUCGCACGAUUUGGUCGGAUGUGCCUCCGAAUGUCACGACACGAUGAGUUGGUGAUCAUCCGCGGUGUGUCUAAUAUGUCGUGUUUUUGCGUGAGUUCCUCCUUUUAGUAGUCCUCGGGCAUUUCGGGCUUGUGCGAUGCUUGUGGUCGUCACACACCCUGUUAUGCUUGCUGCGAACGGCCGUGGUAUCCAUAUGGGAAGUUUUUUUAGCGUGGGAUGUCGCGUUGGUGGCGCCGACCGUUUCGAGGGCUCUCGUUGCUGACAGAUGUAGAAUUACUUCGCUACCAAAGCCUAACUGGAUCAUCUCUCGAGCAACGAAACGCUG